CGUCCGAUAGACGUUACCGUUGGUAAAUGUUUAGAUGACAUUUACGAGAAAAGUAAACCCCACAAGGUGUGCACUGCAGCAACUCUCCUGCACCACUUGUCCGUCUGUCCUUGACUGAUCGCUUGCUGUCCAUGGUGCUGAAAAUGCGUCCAAAAGGACUUGGCGCAAGAUAGUCUAGUUGUCGCCAUUUUUAAAGAAUUGUAUACAUCAUGUCCAUGGACCACACUGACCAGAAGUUCCUCUACGUUCCCUCCACCCUCCCUUUAAAAGAUUUCACGGUCAUCCCUUUAAACGGCUCAAUUACUCUAAUCCUGAAUUGAAGGCUACAGCAGAUCGUUAGCAACCUGCAGAGUGUGUGGGGACGAGUUUAUUACUAUUAUCUGGACAUUUUUAUCUGUGCUUACAUGGUAAAGAAAAAUGUUGCCGCAUUGGAGCAAUAAAUAAAAAUAUCAGAUUUCAUGAGUAAUUGCUGUAGAAAUAAUUCGACAAGGAUGGACCAAUUAUCGGUGUGGAGCACUGACACGGAUUGUGAAAUGGCUUGCUAACUCUCCAUACGUUUUUUUGUUUUCCAAUACGCGGUGCACAGCCAAUUUCAACAUUGGUUGUCAGUCAAACUCUGCAUCUUGCAAAACUAUUUGAUGGUGGCUCUUUCCCUGAAGCUGAAGGCAUAUCGUGGUUUUGAACUGCGACAUGGCAGGAAAAGAGGAUGGCGUCUCCUUGGCCGGCUCGGUUGCCGGGGACAAGUCCGACACCCUCGGCUCUGCUGCCUCGGGCAAGAAGAGGGGUGGUGGACAGAAGAAGCAGAUACAAGCCAACAAAUCUGCUCUCCGAGCGCCUCGAGCCCUCUGCUGCCUCACCCUCAGUAACCCCAUCCGCAUGGCUGCCUUAGCCCUUGUUGAAUGGAAAUAUCCUUCAAUGAUGAUGUACCUCUGUGUGUGGAAACAAAACACCAAGCGGAUUUAA